AUGCCGAUACUCUCACCUGUGGGCGUGGAGUUUGUUGCUGAUCACAUCGCUGCCAAUCGUUUCGCGAGCAGUGAGAAGAUUUCUGAGGUUCUGGACAAGGAGCAACCUGGUGGGGAAAUGGCAGCCCCCAGCACGCAUUUGUCCUUUGCUGCGACGUGGAAUGCAGCAACGUUCGCCCAAGGAAUGGCAGCCAACAUUGCACCGAGUGGCAUCGGAUUCUUUGCAAACGACUGGUCCUUGCAGCUCGACAAUGCUACCUCCCACACGUCAGCUCAAGCACAGCAGGAUCUUCUCGAUAGCGGAGUACCCAACAUCCUGUUUCAACCUCCCUGCUCGCCGGACAUGAAUCCAGUUGAGAAUGUGUGGGCUCUUCUCAAGAAGAGAAUAAUUCCACAUCGCUGCGAGAAUGCUGACCAGCUGGAAGGUGAACUUCCUGUUCAUUACGCUGCUCGCAAUGGACAUCUGGAAGUUGUCAAGUAUCUACGAGAUCUCCAACACGACACGAUCUCUGCAAAGGACAAUGAUGGGUAUUCUCCUCUUGGUCAAGCAGUGUACUUUGGGGAUGUAGGCUGUGUACCCUACUUGCUAGACGUCACCUGGGCUACGCUUGCAUAUGAUGAGGCCAAGGAGAUCGUGGAGAAAGUCAAGAGACUAGCUGAAGAGAAGGAACGAAUGCAAAUAUUGGAUUUGGCUAAGACCAGCUUGAUAUGUGCAGAGUUUGGUAUUGAGGGCUACAAGGAUCCCACUGAACUGAUUGCCAACGUGUGUGGAGCAGAAGGUUCAGGGAAAUCUACCUUCAUUGCAUCCUUCACAACAGAAGGUUUCUUAAAUAAACGACUACGUAAGGAGGAUCAACCAGACAUGAAGGCAAAAGAUUUAGCCUCGAGAACAAAGGGAAUUGAAGAAACCAUGUGGAAGCAAUCGCAGGUGAACGUGCGUUUUCGCAACUUUGCAGGCCACGACCAUUAUUCUGCGUCACACGACUUUUUUGCUGUUGCCAUGACAACACCAUCUGUUGCCACGAUCGUGGUGGAUGGCACAGAGUCGGUUGAAGAGAUCACGAAACGUGUCAGUGCAACUGCUGCUAGUUAUGCGUGUAGACAAUCAACAUCUGAUGAUGGUUCUGAACUGGAUGGCCAACGGCAGCAACCAUUGCCACUGCAGCUGCAGUCGCAAUCACACACACAACAGUCAGGCGGGCACCAGCAGAAACUAGACGUUGUGGCUAUUGCUACACGUGCAGAUCUGCUUACUCCGCACCAAUGCGACCAAGUGGAAAGGGCCAUUGUGGAAGGGAUGAGAUCAAGCUCACAGCGUUUGGAGCUUGCCUUUGUGAGAGUAGUCGAUGCCAGAAAGUCCAACAGUUUCAGUAUGAACGAGCUGAGGAGAGCAUUCCUACGCUUGGUGCACAAAGUACUGGCGAAGUCUCCAAGGCAACAUCGCCUGGUGCAGAAGGCCGAUGACUACUUGGGUGAAGUCAAGGCCUCUCUGAGCAAUCCAUACUGCACAAGGAAAGAGUUUGUUGCAGCAUUCCAGAACGUCAUUUCCCAGAAGGCCGCUUCCAGAAGACAAUAUUCUGUUAGGGAGCGUGUUGCGGAGAACAUCAGUAACUAUCUUCGGAUUCUGACAGCUUAUGGAUAUAUCAUCACAUUCCCCGAGCUGGAUGAUCUGGUGGUUCAUGACCGUCGCUGGCUCCUGCAGGACGUGAUUGGGUUCAUGUACUCUUCCAACGUCUUCCCCCUCCGACCUGAUGGCAUUGUCAGGGAAUACAAGAUAAGUGAAGAGGAGCUCGUCCGUUCUCUGACGGCCUUCGCCAAAGACGGUGAAAAGGCAACACUCUGCGUGCGCAUGGCCUUGCAGCUUGGCUUGAGCAUCCGCUCUCAGAAAGAUAUCAUUGCUCUCUCCCUGCUUCCUGAGUGCACACAGCCAUUGAAGAUGCACAGAGCCUUCAUGACCUCACAAGUGAUGGUUGGCUCUGUCCACACCUGCAAUGGCAAUGACACAGCAACACCUACGGUCUCUGUUGCAGAAACAGUGCCGUCCACAGUAGUCGCUACGGCAGAAACCACAGCAGCCACUACAGCAGCAGUCGCAGCCACAAUGACCCGAACGGCAACAGCCUUGGGCACAGUCGCAACUAGAGAGUCAUCGACAUCAGAAACAUGCCAAGCGGCCGUGACAGGAAGCCCAGCUGAGGCAGCAGCAGUCACAGCAGCACCUCCCGUCACUGUGGCAGAUGCAGUGACGCCCACAGUAGCUGCUACGGCAGAAGUCACAGCAGCCGCUACAGCAACAGUCACGGACACAAUGAUGCAAAUGGAAACCGCCAUGGGCACAGUCGCAGCUAGAGAGUCAACCACAUCAGAAACAUGCCAAGCGGCCGUAACAGGAAGCACAGCUGAGGCAGCAGCAGCCAUAGCAGCACCUGCCGUCCCUGUGGCAGAUACCGUGACGGCCACAGUAGCCGCUACGGCAGAAGUCACAGCAGCUGCUACAGGAACAGUCGCAGACACAAUGAUGCAAACGGCAACGGCCAUGGACACAGUCACAGCUAGAGAUUCUUCCACGUCAGAAACAUGCCAAGCGGCCGUAACAGAAAGCACAGGUAUGUGA